AAACAAACUCAAACCAUGGACGGAUCUCAAUCUGGUUCCCCCGCCGACGCUGUCAAGCGCCCCACUUUCAUCCUCAGCGCCCUCAACUGGCUCUUCGCCAUCAUCGUCUUCGGAUGCAUCGCCGACAAGGUCAAGGUCUCUGGCGGCUGCUACUAUGACCUCGACGACAACGCGUGCGGCUACGGCAUUGCGAUUGGCGUUAUUGCAUUCAUUGCUGCCUCGCUGUUCAUGCUCUUUGAGUUUGUCGGCGACCGUUUCGGUGCCCUCCAAAAGUUCCUGACCCUCUUCACCCUCGGCUUCUCUGUUCUCUGGACUUUCCUCUGGUUUGUCGGCUUCUGCUACCUCACCGACAAGUGGGUCAAGUUCGACUUCAAGGACCAGGUCGAGUCGGACGUCAAGAACAACGCCCAGGCUGCCAUUGCCUUCUCCUUCUUCUCCAUCAUCACCUGGGCUGCCUUCUCCUUCCUCACCCUCAAGAAGUGGCGUCUUGGUGGCCAGGCCGUCGACAACAGUGCCCCCGCCCCCUACACCAACUACCAGGCCGACACUGGCAACAACUUUGCUCCCCCGCCGUUCCAAGGCGACCAGAGCGGCUAUGCCCAGCCAUCGACCGGCUACGGUCAGGCCUAAAACCCGCAGCACUGUGCGACAGCUCGAGUGUGCCAGAGCAUCACAAACAAAUCCAAAAAAACAAAAAAAAAAAAGGAGGGAACGGAAGAGAGAGCGUGGCGCGGUUGCUGGGCGAUGCGGUCGUUCUUUGAUUGUCGCUUCUUUUUGCCAGUUUGUGUCUUCCUGUAGUAUUUCCGAACGGUUGUUUUCUUUUUUUGCCUGUUGUCGUGAAUGGCCUGUGUUUUUCUGCCCCUUUUUGUUCGCCUCGCAUUAAAGCAACCAGCACUUUUUGAAAAGCUACAA